AGAACAGAGGCUGCUUUUCAAGCUCAUGUUGCUGCUCCUUGGUACAUAGCUGCUCCGAAUGAGCAAACCCCAUAGGACAGAUGAAGUUUGAGGAUCUCUUGCUGGAAAUUGGGGGCUUUGGCAGAUUCCAGAUUUUGAUUUUGGCUAUCCUCUGCAUCCCAAGAAUCAAUCUCCCCAUGCAUUUCCUGCUGCACAAUUUUCUUGCCGCUACGCCCUCUCAUCACUGUGCAAUUCCACACCAAGAGGCAUUUGUGAAUCUCACCGUGGAGGAAGUUCUGCUCAUCAGCAUCCCUCGGAAGCCCGAUGGCACUUUCAGCUCCUGUGAGAUGUUCUCGCAGCCUCAGUUUCACCUGCUGCUCAACUCCUCUCUGCCACCAGAAAACAAAUCCAUUGUCCAGCACUGCCAGCAUGGAUGGGUCUAUGACCACUCGCAGUUCACCUCCACCAUCUCCACCCAGUGGGACCUCGUGUGCGAGCAGCGCUGGCUGAACCAGGCAACAGCAACCUUCUUCUUCAUCGGCGUCACCAUGGGGGCCGUGGUGUUCGGCUACCUUUCCGACAGGUUCGGACGGAAGACCAUGCUCCAGCUGUCCCUGGUGUGCUCCGUGGUUUCUGGGAUGCUGAGUGCCGCCUCUGUGUCCUACACAAUGCUGGCCAUCACACGGACCCUCACCGGGGUGGCCCUGAGUGGCCUCUCCCUGAUUGUCCUGCCUUUGGGGAUGGAGUGGGUGGACGUCCAGCACCGCACCUUCACCGGGAUCCUGAGCAGCAUCUUCUGGAGCAUUGGGAACAUGCUGCUGGCCCUGGCAGCCUACUUGGUGCGGGAGUGGCACUGGCUGCUGGUGGCCGUGACAGGACCUUGUCUCCUGAGCGUCAUCUGCCUGUGGUGGGUCCCGGAGUCUGCCCGGUGGCUCAUAGCCAAGGGCAAAGUGAAGCAAGCCCACAGGCACCUGCUCAGAUGUGCAAGAAUGAAUGGAAGGAAAGACUUUGCUGUCUCACCAGAGGCCCUCGCAAUGAUGGCAACAGACAAAAGCAUGGGAGGGAGUUACUCCUACAUCAGCUUGUUCAGGACCCCAGUCCUGAGGAAGAUCUCUCUGUGUUCUGGCGUGGUGUGGUUUGGUGUUGCCUUCUCUUAUUACGGCAUGAGCAUGAACCUGACGGGCUUUGGGCUCAGCAUCUACCUCUCCCAGUUUGUCUUCGGCGUCAUUGAGAUUCCAGCCAAGAUGGUCAUGUACGUGCUGGUGAACCGAGUUGGGCGGCGGCAGAGCCAGGCGUGGACACUCAUCCUGACCGGACUCUGCAUAGGAGCCAACAUCGUCAUUCCCACACCCUUCACCUCCGUGCGUUCGGUAGUGGCCAUUAUGGGCAAGGGUUUCUCAGAAGCUGCCUUCACCACCGUCUUCUUGUACACCUCGGAGCUCUACCCCACCAUUCUGAGGCAGAAUGGGAUGGGGUACACCUCCUUCAUGGCACGCCUGGGAGGGGCCCUGGCCCCGCUGAUGUUCCUGCUGGACGAGGUGUGGCGGUUCCUGCCCGAGGUGACCUACUGCGGCGUGGCCGUGUGCAGCGGUGCCGUGGCCUUCCUGCUCCCGGAGACGCUCAACGUGCGCCUUCCCGAAGGCAUCGAGGACAUCGAGAAGCCGCAAGUAAAAGUGCCGCCAGAAGUCAGUGCUCCCGAGGGCGUGCCGCUGCAGCCUCUCCUGAAGUGAGAGACCCCGUGGGACAGCCACUGUGUAGGACUGCGCAACUGAGCCACGCUCUGAUCUGCCAUGGAAGAGCCUUUACUGCCACCCAUCUCACUCCAAGGGCAGCGGAACUGAGGACACUGGAGGAAGGAGGCAGAUCGGGAC